AUGGAUAUCAGACAACGCAUUAUAGCCGUUCCUCGGCGACUUCUCUUCGAUCGCGACUACUUUUGGUAUCUUGCUUCCCUGUUACUCAUUGGCGAGCUUGUAUUCAAUGGGCUGAUCAUCAACAAGGUCGCGUACACUGAAAUUGAUUGGGUGGCCUAUAUGCAAGAGGUGAAAGGGUUCUUGGAUGGUGAGCGAGACUACAUGCAGUUGCGAGGAGAUACUGGACCUCUCGUGUAUCCAGCAGGAUUCGUCUAUGUGUAUUCAGCACUCUAUCAUCUUACGGAUCUCGGCAACAACAUUCGACUUGCUCAAUACGUAUUUGCAGGCAUUUACGUUGCAACACAGGCCGUUGUUUUUGCCAUCUACCAUCAAUCCAAAAAGAUCCCGCCUUAUACGCUUAUUCUUCUUUGUAUCUCCAAACGUCUCCACUCCAUCUACGUCCUUCGAUGCUUCAAUGAUCCCGUUGCCAUGCUUUUCAUGUAUUGUUGUAUAUUAGCAAUGAUUCAUAGACGUUGGCUUGCAUCCUGCAUAUUGUACAGUGCAGCUUUAUCCAUCAAGAUGAAUGUGCUUUUGUUCUUUCCAGCAUUUGGUGUGUUAUUAUGGCAAUCGCUUGGUGCAUGGUCAACCCUUUUCUAUCUUUGUGUGAUUGCUGGUAUCCAGGUGGGAUUGGCAUACCCAUUUUUGACAACAUACCCCGGAUCCUACAUGGCUCGUGCAUUUGAGUUUAGCCGUGUAUUCGAUUAUCGAUGGACUGUGAAUUGGCGCAUGGUGGAUGAAAAGGUGUUUGUAUCCAGAGAAUUUGCCAAUGCAUUGCUACUCGGUCAUCUCAUGGUUCUGUUCCUGUUUGUGGCAUUCGUAUGGUGCAAAGGACAUCUUAUUAGGGUGUUUAUUGAUGGAUUUCAGAACAAACGGAGGAUUAUCUCGGUUGACGAAAUCAUUAUCACCAUGUUUACAUCCAAUUUCAUUGGCAUUGUCUUUGCAAGAUCGUUACAUUAUCAAUUUUAUUCAUGGUACUUUCAUUGUCUUCCCUAUCUUUUGACAAGGAGUGUACCUGGCAAAUCCUUAUCCAAGGCAGUAAUAAGGACGAUCGUGUUGAUAAUCAUUGAGUUUUGUUGGUUGACGUUUCCAUCCACUGAGGCAUCCUCCUGGUCGUUAGUAACAGCACACGCUUUAAUUCUGGUCGGGCUUUUUGUGGGUACAAACGAAUAA